GCAGGUAUGGGUUGGAGUAUAGGUGGAGUAUAGGGGUGAUAUAGGGGAUAUUGGGGGAGUUAAUAAGGACGUUGGGGGUGGUUCGGGAGUGUUAGGUUGGUGUAUGUGGAUUGUUGAGGCCGAGAACAUCGGCAAUAGAAAUCCUCGCUUUGCAAACACUCGAGAGCGGGCUUGGGAGCGUGAGCGUGUAAAGAACCAAGAGGCUGGGAAGGGUGAUGACAGUAGUGAAGCUGGUGUUGGGGAUGAUGUUGGGGGAAUAAACAGUGGAAGCGACACCGAGCUCCCUGAUGGGAGUGCCAUGGUUCAUAAUGGUGCAAAAGACGUGCGGGAUGUCGUUACGCCAUUAUGGAGAGUGAGCUAUGAUGAGCAGAUCAGAACGAAAGAGGCCUCAGUGGUCGAUGCUUUAAAAAAAAUUGUACGGAAGUCUCGGAAAUGUUGCCAGAGGGGCCAAUUACUGCCUGACUGGAUCUACUCUUCCCGGGAUCGAGGGGGCCUUCCUUGUGAUUUUCUGGGUGUGGCACGCUCACCAGUUGUUGAUGGGUAUCGAAACAAGUGCGAGUUUGCCAUUGGGUAUUCCGCUGACAACAAGCCAACGGAGCGGCGGGGACGUCAGGGUGCAGCGACAUCGAGGGGACGCUACAUCGACGGUGCGGCACGGUCAGACGAGAUCGAAGAUCGAGGCCACGACUUGUUGGAUCCUGGUGGGGGGGCGAUGACGGGGGGUGCAGGGAGCAGCGGUGCGGGGGGGUCUGGGGGUGCCCAAUUCAACCCGCUGUCCGAGAAGGAGAUGGCGAAGUUGAGGCGAGGGAACAUUGUUUGGAAAUACGUCACUGCGGGCCAGUACGUCGGGGACCAGCCCAAGAUGCACGGGGAUCGAAAGUUGCGUUGCAACUUAUGCGGCCAACUGUGUCAGGGGGGGUCGUUGAAGGCCGCCAGUCAUUUUACGCAGUCGAAGUUCUGCAAGGCUGGGGGGAUGAGAGUUCUUGCGGAACUUUGGAACGGCACGGACUACACAUUUGUGCCGUCCACUGCUCAGCGACUGCAGAGGUGGAUGGCAGACGAGGGCAUACGGGACACGAGAGCGCCCGCGGGUGGCCAGAGACAGCGGAUGGCCGACCGGAUGGACGACGCAGAGAGGGACGGCAUUCUGGAUGCCCUCGAUGAGGAGGGCCGUGAGGGUGGGGCCAGGGAGGGGGCGGUUGCAGACGAGUUAGACGAGGCAGUCGGACAACCUAACCUGCCAGGGGAGGAGGUGGUGAUGACAUCGAGAGGCGUCGGUGGAGCGGGUCCUGCUACUAGGGCGCCGCGAGUUGAGGUGGAGCGCGCGAGGAAGGAGAAGAGGACAGUGGGGCAGGCUGGCGUCGAGGUGCCAGACACGGGCAGGGAGAAGAGGGUUUGGCAGACCACGAUUGAGGAGAUGUAUGCCAGGGAGAAGUUGGCCGAGUUCACAGACGCGUGGCUUCAGUGGAUCUAUGUGAAGAAGUUGCCAUUCAACGCCUUCCGUGGUCCCGAGUUCCAGAGGGUGCGGGUUACAGCGGGCGCCGGUAUCCCUUCGCAGAGAGCGAAGGUGGCGACGAUGGUGAGCGAGGUACGCGCCACUUUUCGGCACAGCGGUGCCACUAUCCUUUCUGACGGGAGGAAGUCGCGCAGCGGCAAGCCGCUCGUGAACUUCCUCGCCGGGGGCGCCAAUGGCGCCCUGCUGUACGCCACCCUCGCACGUGACGGGUCGGUCCGAGACACAGCGGACGUCGUGUACCGUAGGUGGCGGGCCAUCAUCUUGUCCUUUCCUGCAAAGGAUGUGAUCGGCUUCUGCACUGACUCCGCCAGUAACUAUACGGCGGCAGCGCGCAGGUUCGCCACAGACCCCGAGCCUGAGAUCAGGAGGAUCACUUGGCUCCCCUGCUCCACCCAUGUCUGCAACUUGAUGUUGUCAGACAUCGGGACGCGAGUGGUGUGGGUCAAGGAGACCAUCAUCCGCGCUCGAGCGCUUGUGCGAUUUAUUAAAUCGCACGGCGCUGCUCACACCCUGUUUAGGAAGGUGAGCCCUCGCGUUCAGCUCGUCGAGCCCGUUGAGAUACGGUUUGCAUCGGUUUUCCUGAUGCUGACGUGUCUCAAAGGCCGACGAGACGCGUUGGAGAGCAUGUUGCACGGGGAUGCUUGGGCACGCAUCUCGUGGGAUCGCGCCCACGUAUCUCAGGCGCAGUGGGUGCAGCAGCAGAUCCGGGACGGGGAGUUUUGGCAGCGUGUCCAUUAUGCCAUCCUAGUCAUGUCGCCCGUCCACCAGCUGUUGCGCAGGAUGGAUAGAGGUGGGAUGAUGAUGUCCGUCGUUUACGAGUGGAGUCAGCAUCUGCUGCAGUUGAUGAGGAGGGUGGACGUGCCGGAGGACAUGAUCGAGCCGUGCGUGCGUGAGGUUGCCAUCCGCAACCUCCACAUGCUAGAUCCUGCACAUGCCGCGGCCCACCUCCUCAACCCUCGUCGACGGUCCCUCACGUAUUACCAUUCGCUGGAGACGACCGCCGAUGACCGCCGUGUGGUCGAGGAGUGCGACAGAUCUCUCCUGGCGCAGACCGGCGGCGAUCUGGUCGGCUUAUUGUACAGGACCGUGAGGGACCAGAUGAGGGCGUUCCACUCGAGGCGAGGGGAUUGGGGAGAUCGUGACCUCUCCGAUGUCGAGGCGGCCGAUUGCAGGGGGGAUAGUGAGACCGAGCGAUGUGCAGCGUGGUGGUUCGAGCAUGGACGUGCCCACCCGGAGUUGCGCACCAUCACCAUCCGUGUCAUGCACUUGUGGACGUCUGCCUCUCCAGCGGAGAGGAACUGGGCGGAGCACGAGCGCGUCAGCACGGCGAGGCGCUGCAAGCUUGGGUUCGCCAAGCUUGCACAACUGGUUGAGAUUGUCACCAAUCUCAAACUGGCCUCGUGCGCACGCCAGGGUGGUGGCUACGUGUUGCCAUGGGUUAUGGGGACCGGUCGGGGGGGGACGGCGGCAGAGGAGGAGGAUGAGGAGGGAGAUGUGGAGCCCGAGCGACAGAUUGUCGCUUUCCGUGACAGCCGACCGUCCAGAGCCCGUUCGGUUCGGGACGUGUUCGGCAGCAGAGCGACAGAGCUGCGACCGUGGCCGGAGGGUGGGGAUGAUGUGGACGCUGCUGAGGCAGACGACGACAUCUACGACGACUGGACUGACGAUGAUGACACGCCGCUGAGUCGCAACCCGACGGCUGAGCGACUGGCAGCAGCAGAUCCGGCGGUGGUCGUGCAGGACGUUCACAUGCGGAGGUUCGCAUGGACGACUCGGGGGAGCAGCAGCCACGGGGAGGUCUUCGGCACACAGGCAGACGUUGGGAGGUUAGGAGCGACAGCGAGGCCGAGGGGGAGGCCGAGGAUGAGGAGGUGCCCCUUCGCGAUCGUCGCUUCUCUCCCUCCCAUCAUCCAAUCUCUGCACAGCCCGAGGGGGAGCCACUUAGGCGUUCGGAGAGGUUGGCGUCGGCAGCAGGCAGAGACCGGACACAUGACGGCGAGGAUCGUGGGGGGGGAGAGGACUCCUUCCGACGCUAGUAUUCGGCCCCGUUCGCCGUCGGUGCUCCGCACACAGGACUUCGAGGACAUAGGGCUUGGUGGGAUCUUGGGAGAUUUGAGUGUCGAGGGACGUCGACGUGCCUCACCUCAGGAUGUGCGCACAGACGCGGACGUUGAGCGGGGCCCUGUUGAGACUGAGGAGGAGAGAGAUGCCCGUUUGGACCGAGAGGAGGAGGAGCGGCUGAGGAGUUUGCCACAGUGGGAGGGUCGGUUCACGGGGAGUUUGAGUAUGAGGGGCAGGAUGCCGGCGCGGGUGGUGGGUCAAAUGGUGGACGACGCAACGACGAGGAGACCGCGGGUGGACCUGAGGGGCACGAUGUUGUCAUGGGCGGCGGGUCCCGUAGUGGGGGCCGUGGCGACAGCGAGACCGCGGGUGAUGAGGGACAGGGUGCCGCAGUGUGCGGCAGAGGAGAGGGUGGACACGGUGGAGAUGGGGACACCGCGGGUGUCGGUGGAGACGAUGGACCGGACGGCGACGAUGACGACGACCACCGGCGUUAGAGGGAGGGAGUCCGGUGCGGGUGAGGUGGGGUCUGGCAGACGCAGCGACGACGGCAGAGAUAGUGCAGGAUCGAUGCCUCCACCGCCCGCACGGACUCCGGAGGCCAGGGUCGACACCGCGAACCGGACGGUGGCACCCGGAGUUGCGCACAGUGGCGGUUCCCCGCCGCUAGUCCGAGGAGGUGUGGGUGGCGGAUGGUCAGCUGUUCGUCGGGUCGGGGACGGGUUGCGGGCGGAUUACGACGCCGGGAGGGGCGUCUUCACGGGACGUACGCCUGUUCAGACGCAGGCUGCGGAGGGUGGGUCCGGACGUCCGAGCCUGCAGAUGGCAGGCCGCAUGCUUGGUUUGUCACGAGCGGAGACGAGGAGGACAUUGGUCCUCGAGGCCGCAGGGACAUCCACGGACAGGUUGCGGGGAGAGCAGUUCACAUCGGGCGAGGAGGGGUUGUCGAUGCUGAAACAUAAGAAAGGCUGUUAUAAUCGUGUUGUCGAUGCUUUGUUGCGUCACCCUGAGUUUUUGACUUGCCUUGUGAGUUUGUAUGGCCUCCAAAGGAAACUGAAGGAGGACCUGGUCGAACACACUGCCAAGGAUCCGGACCUUAGUCCCAUCCUUGAGCAGCUCAAGGCUGACCCUAGCAGUCAGCCUGAUUUUCAUGAGUGCGACGGUCUUGUAUUCCUCCGGUAUGGGAAGUUUGAUCGUUUGUGUGUACCCAACCAUGCGCCCCUCCGGACUCAAUUCUUGGAUUUGGCACAUGGUCGGAGUGGACAUUUCGACUUUGAGAAGACUUAUGGAAGUCUUCUGCAGCAGUUUGAUUGGCCGGGAAUGAAAGGAUCUGCUAAGAAAUUUAUUGUUGAAUGUCAAGUUUGUCAAAGGACCAAGGUUCAUAGGCAUAAGCCUUAUGGCUUGUUCAAACCCCUCCCCAUUCCUGAUGGACCCGGUGAGUCGAUUUCCAUCGACUUCACGGACAUGGGAAAGGUGAGUGAGGCAGCGAAUUCACAAGUCAUGGUCAUCGUGGAGCGUUUUUCCAAAUUUCUGAAUUUGAUUCCUUUCCCUCCCCAUGCCCCAACUGAGCUUGUCAUUGAAGAAUUUCAUCAGCAGUACAUUCUGCAGUUUGGCCAACUGAAAACUAUUGUGAGUGAUCGAGACACCAGAUUCAUUAGUAAAGAUUGGAAGGACUUCACUUCGCAGAUCUACGACAUUAAACUCAACAAGACUUCUGGUAGACACCCCGAAGCCAAUGGAUUGGCUGAGGAAAUCAACCAGAUUGUCAUCCAACUACUGCGCACGUUAAUUUUUCCAGAUCAAAACACGUGGGACAAGGAGUUACACAAAGUGAAAGGGUUGUAUAACAACUCCAUUCACUCUGCAACUGGCGUAACACCGAAUCAACUGCAAUAUGGUUGGCAGAUGCGCAAUCCUCUCUCCUAUUUGUUCCCCGAACGGUCCCCUGGUCUGACGCCCGGCAUGCCUGGCUACAAUGCCAAGUACGCACGCCUGCUCAAAGCUGCUAUCGCAGCAAUGAACAAGCGUCAGCAUGCCAUGAUCAAACAUGCUAACAAGUCGCGCAAAGAAGCGAACUUCAAAGUGGGGGAUUAUGUCUGGGUCAAAAUGUCUGAGUUUUCUGAUGAAGAGGGCGUAUCACGAAAGCUUCUUCCAUUGUACUAUGGCCCUUGGCAGGCUCUGAAGGUGAUUGGGGAUGAAUUUGGUCCUUCGUAUGUGAUUGACGUGCCUCCUCAUCUGCGCACAUAUCCGGUCUUUCAUGCAUCCAAACUGUUUCCACACAUCGAUGAUGAAACUUUUCCCUUCCGAGAUCCUAUGAUACCUCGUCCUAUCAACGGCGGCCAUGAGAUAGACAGAAUCGUUUCCCAUCAAGGCAGAGGGAGGAACAGACAGUAUAAGGUUCACUUGCUCUAUCACCCGUUGAACGAGUUUUGCUGGAUCGACCGGAAAGAGCUGCUAAAGAAUGCUCCACGUGUUGUGAACGCUUAUGAACGACAGAUCGCUGAUGGACAGAUUGCUAAGUUUUCUGCAAAACUCACUCCCUAUGGUCUUACUAAAUCCCUCUUUUUGAUCUACGCCUACGAUGCAUUUUGUGCCGACUCUGAAUGAGUUACUCGCUCGAGGGGACCUCGCGCUUGAGAGGGGGGUAGUGUAAUGACCCGCCAAAAACACAGACUGAGAACACUGCUGAUUUCUGGGAUUUGCCACUGGAAUGAAUGCCUUGCUGUGAU